AUGAAGUCGCGCCAGCCGAAGCGGAAUCGCAUCAACAUGCACGACAUCAUCGCCCAGCCGCUCGGGGCCCUCCCCGGCGCCGUCGACGCCAUUCUGCGCCGGCCAGAGGAGUUGGACAAUGUGGAGGUGCAGAGUAUUUUCCAGCAGGCGUCUUUCAUCAUGCUGCGCGCGGAGGAGGGAAUCGCCGUGCGGGAUGCAGAGGCCUUCUGCGCACUCUUUAAACUCUUCUCGGAGGGAUUCGCACGCAGUGAGGCAUCUUUUGAAAAAGGCGUGGAGACAUUCGGAAUGAAUCAGACAUUGCUGCAGACAUUACACGGUAUCUUUCGCGCGGCUGUAGAUCAACGAGCAUUCCCACUGCAAAGCCACGCUAUUGUGGAACUUUUGCAGGUUGUUGGAAGUCUUUGCGAUGGUAACAGCACUAAAGAUGCUUGCGGUCUUCUCUUUAUGGAAGAUCUUGCUACCAUGUUGAAUGAUAUGUAUCUGCGUAACGUGGAAGAGGCAAGGAGUAACUUUCUCACUCAACGUGCCGUAGCAACGGCUCUUAUUAAUUUGGUGAAGGGAUCUAAACAAAAUAAACAACGAAUUCUAUCAUGGAAGUUUUUAGAGGAAUGUUGUGCAUUAAGUGUUGAUGUCUUUUUCCAAUUACAGUGUGUUGAACUUCUUUUUCGUUUGUCAAGACAUAACAAAUCUCUUCUUGCAGAUCUUGGAAACCGUCUUCGUCCUCGUAUUUUGGAUAGUAUCCGUCAUCUUCCGAAUGAUGCUACACUAUUAAAUAAAAUGAUAGAGAUACUUAAGGAUAUUAACGAAGAUCGAAAAGAUGUCCUAUCGUUUCCACUUAAUCGUGUAGAUGUAGCUCAUACUACAAUAAGUGGACCAACCGUCUCAUACUUUAAUUUACAUUACCUUGUCAUACUUGUGACAUCUUCCAAUGCAGAUAAUGUUACUAUUCCGUAUAGAUCAAUUCGUUCGGUUACACUUGGAAAGGAUGGACGUGUUGUUUUUCGCCUUGAUGAAUUUCCAACAAAAAUUGAGGCCUUAAUGAAUCGGGGAACUAAUGAAGAUGUUAUUGUGCUUUUUAUGGAUCCUGAAAAACUCAACAUGUUUAAAGAAUCAAGUAUACGUUCAUGGAUUAUUGCAGCACUAGAAGCAAAGAAGGAACGUAAACGAGUUGCUGCACCAGAGAACGUUCCCCGAGAGGUUCAACUGGCUCAACCAUCAGAGAAUAUAGAAGAAAACGCAAAACCCAAACGACAUAGGUCAGAAUCUAUGCAGUUAACAGGUAGUGAAGCCAAUGUCGUUAAUGCUUUUCAAUAUGUUUUAAAAACCUCAGAUGCAAAAACGGAUGAUCUACUAGAAAAGAUGAAAGAACUUGUUAACUCUAAGAGAGAAACAAAACAGCGGGAAGUGACGGCAAUUCUUAAUGCAUCAUUAAAUGAGAUUCAACAGAUUGUGGAUGAGGGACAAGUGGUCACGGACGCCUCCCGUGAUGCACUCAAGGAAUGUGUGGAGGGGAACAUUCAAAACAUAGAGCAGAGGCUUCAAACUUCAUUGUCAAAGGUUUCAGUGGUGGUAGAUAAAUUAAACCACGCACUACAGGAACUGAAGGGCAGCAAUACAGCCAUUCAUGAACAAAUGGCAUGCAUAGAAAUUACUCUGCAACAAUCUCUAGAAAUAAGCCGUGAGGAGGAAGCAACUGCGUGUAAGGCGCUGAAGGCCGAAGGUGAGGAGAACAUUGGACGGCUUGAAGUGAUGCUGGAUCGUAGUUUAAUGGGACAUUCAAAUCCAAUGAGCGUCAUUUCAGAGUUUCUUCAAGCCAGUUCAAGCAGAAGUGUCUUUUAG